GUUUGAACCUUCACAAUGCAGAAAACCACUUAUUAUGACAAUGCUGGACUCUUUGGAGGAUAUUCCUACCCCAAAUCUGACUCCUACACAUACGGUCCUGCACACCAGGGCUACUCGUCCUCCAGCAUAGAGAAUGACUUUCAAAAUCCAAUCUGUCCAAUUCAAACCACAUCAGCCCGUCCGCCAGCACACAAAAAUGGAGACAUCAAUGGCAGUUGUAUGCGACCCAGUGCCAGCCACAGCAACAGCCAACCAGAGAAUAUCAUAGAGCAGCAGCAGCAACAACAACAACAACAGCAGCAGGCUGCCCCUUUAGCGGCCAGCUCGCCCAGCCCGAACACCAGCUCCACUCAAAAAAAGAAAUCUCCCAGUAGCACUGGCUCCAGCACUGCCACUCCAGUCAUCACCAAACAAAUCUUCCCAUGGAUGAAAGAGACCCGUCAAAACGCCAAGCAGAAAGGCACCAACUGCCCAGCUGCAGGAGAAACCUGCGAUGACAAGAGUCCACCUGGUCCUGCCUCGAAACGGGUGCGCACUGCCUACACGAGCGCGCAACUCGUGGAGCUGGAGAAGGAGUUUCAUUUCAAUCGCUACCUGUGUCGCCCCAGAAGAGUGGAGAUGGCUAAUCUACUCAAUCUGACUGAGCGCCAAAUAAAGAUCUGGUUUCAAAACAGGAGGAUGAAGUACAAAAAAGAUCAAAAAUCUAAAGGCAUAAUGCACUCUCCCCUAGGACACUCUCCGGACAGAAGCCCGUCGUUAAGUGGCUCGAAUCACAUUGGAUAUUCUGGUCAGCUUCCAAAUGUAAACGGCCUGAGCUACAACGCGCCAUCUCCCCCGCCAUUCGCCAAACCGCAGCAGAACAUGUACGGCUUGGCAGCCUACACGGCGCCAUUAGGCGGCUGCAUACCGCAACAAAAAAGGUACCCGGGCACAGAAUACGACCACCACAGCAUGCAAGGGAACGGUAGCUUUGCCAGUGCCAAUUUACAAGGUAGUCCCGUGUACGUCGGGGGGAACUUCGUUGAUUCAAUGCCAGGCUCGGGCCCUAUGUUCAACCUCGGCCAUCUUCCCCAUCCCUCAUCCGCCAGUGUGGACUACAGCUGUGCCGCUCAGAUUCCGGGCAACCACCACCACGGACCGUGUGACCCCCAUCCCACAUACACAGACCUCAGCUCUCACCACGCGUCUCAGGGAAGGCUGCAGGAUGCGCCAAAACUUACGCAUCUGUAA